UCUCGCACCCGACAACAUUCCGAUCACGAUCCUCCUUUUCACGGUAGAUUGGAAGAUGCGCACAUUGGUCGCUACUGCUGUUACCUGUGCUCUCAAGUGGUGAACACGGCGACCGGGCCCGGGACCAAAUGCCCGUUUUGUGAGAGCAGACUUGUCCAGAAAAUGGACGUCGAUAACUUUGGAGACAGACCAGCAAGGGGAAUCCCGAUCUGGUGCUCCGUGCUUCUCGGCUUGGUGGAUGACGAAGGCUAUUCUCUCACGCAAGAAGAAGAUGCUCUCAACAGCAGCGGCAGCCCACCACCUGCAGUCGAAGAUGAGGUGCCAUUGGAGGACUUGCUGAGUACUCUGCUUUUCUCCGGAUCCGAACCAGAGGACUCCGUUGAUGACUGGGACUGGGAGAGAGGCAGCGAGUUGAUCUCGUUCAAUUCCUACGAAGAAGCUUCACAGUAUGCCCACCCUUCAGAGUUCAGCUUCAGCCAAUCGACUCCUAGUCCUAGUCCUAGUCCCAGUCCUAGAACUACCACAUUGGCCAAUUUCUUCUGGGACACCGAUCUCGAGUUUAUACAACUCCACUUCCCCGACAACAGCACCAGGCAGGUUGAGCCUCCUCUUCCACACGACGACAUAGGAGCAGCUAAGCUUUUAACUACUGUGAGGAUCAGUGAGGCAUUGCAGUGUUCGAUGUGCUUAGAGGACUUUGAGAUUGGAGAGGAAGCAAAGCUGACUACGUGCAAGCAUAGGUUCCACGAACAGUGCAUCCUCUCUUGGUUGGAGCUCCAUGGCACUUGCCCGCUCUGCAGGUUUCAGAUGCGCAGUGCCAAUAGAAAUUGGCCGGAGAUCAGAGAUGAGAGCGAAUGGGAACAUGAUCUCCUCGAAAGAGGCAGAUUUCAAGGACAACGGAGAAGGAGACGCAGAAGUAGGCGGCACUGGGUUCUUUUCUAGAUCCUCUUCAACGGUUUUUCCAUCGACUUCACAACAGUGCUUUUCAGGGU